AAACGAACGAAUUGUAUUCAGAUAGACAAGAAAAUUAUUAACUAUACCAUGCAAAGGUUCUUUUUUUCUUGUUGGAGUUAGACCAACUAAAGAGUCACCUAUAGGCUAGAAAGGCAAAAUAUACAGCAGCUCCAUCUAUUCAGGUAAUCUCCUUAAUCUCCUUAUUUGCUCUCCGUAAAGAUGCUGAAGAGAAAUAUUUUUUUCAUCAUUGCUUUUAUAUAUAACCCAUGUUUGGCAAAUUCAGGCAAAGAGGGAAAAGCGAAAAAUAUCAUUGUCUUCCUUCUCGAUGGACUUUCAACUCUGACUCUAGCAGAGGCUAGACUCUUUAGGAGGCAAGUGAAUAAUAGAGAUUUUCUCCAUUUAGAUAAAAUGGCCCAUUUUGGAUUACUAAAGGAUGUUCCUAAAAGACCGUACGAGAACAAGGACUACACUAUUUUACAGACUUUAUGUGGUAGAAUACGUAAAUACAAGUUUUACAAAUGUGGUCAAUUUAAGAAAUGCUUAGUCCAUAAAAUGCAAGUAGCUUCUAAAUCAACGGGUGUUGUUACAACUGGUAAUGUUUUCGCUCCACCUGCAAACUAUGCUACACAAGAGCUAGCUCAUUGUAAGGACGCUCCCGCCCAAAUAUUAAACAAGAUUGGGUUUAAACUCAAUAUUAUCAUGGGUGGCGGAAGAUCAAAUAUGAUACCAUAUGGUAAAAGUGAUCCUGAAUAUGGUAUGGCUCAACCUGGAAUGAGGAAAGACGGAAGAAAUUUAAUAAACGAAUGGUGGAGGGGGAAAACUUAUGAGGGCCGAGCAGUGCACUCAGUAUGGGAGAAAGUCGGUUUAGAUUACGUGCAUUCCAGCAAAACGGAUGACUUGAUUGGGAUUUUUCAACCAAACACUAUGGCGACCGAGGAACGAAGGAAUCGAACGACAGAUCCGUCUCUUGACGUAAUGGUGCGAAAAGCCAUAGAAAUACUAAGAAGGAAUCAAAACGGAUAUUUUCUCCUUGUAUCCAAUCAUAAUGCAAGAAAAUCACCUACGGAAACAAUUGCUGCCGAUGAUGCUAUUUCAACAGUUUUAAAAAUGACAUACCCAAAUGAAACAUUAAUCAUAAUUAUUGGUUCAAAGUCAUCUGAUGGUACAGAUAGCUCUGUGGACGAUCGUCUUCUGUUUGCCUCCGGUCCGAAUUUGAAUCAAAUAAAGGGAAUUAUCUCUACUGAAAGUUUGCAUAAAUUUUUAAUCUCAACAUCUUGCAUUACACACUACAAGAUGGCACCACAUUGUAGAAGUCAAGAUACUCCUAUGCCAGUUAGACCUCAAUAUAGAACCCAUUCUUUAGCUUCCGCUGUUACUAGAAAAUUUUCGUUAACUAAAGGGAUUCUGUCGUUUUGUAUAAUCUCAUUCAUACUGCAGUAAUUAUCGUUUUACUUUACUGAUUCACAAUGUUUGCUUUUUCUUUUUUUUCAAUUGUAUUCAGUUUAGAAUUUCAUCUUCAACAAUUUUUUUGAUUAUUCAAUAUUUCCUCUAAAAAUAGUAUAUACAGAUAAAAUUCGCAAUCAAUGGAUUUCUAUUUUUUAUUCUUCUUUUUGCAGCCAUUUUUGACAAAAUUUUAUAAAUUUGGCAUAUUUUUUCCCUUUUGUUGUUGUCAUAAAAUUGCAAAUGAUAUAAAAAGAAUGAAUGAAUAUUGCGUAAUCAAUUGGAAAUAGUCAGCUUUUUAUUGUUCUCUUUGUUCGUUUCUAGUUUAAAAUAACGAAAACUUUGAAAGUGUACAAAUAGUUUUGGUGGAAGUUUGUCAUGAGUUUCGUAAAGGCUUUUCUUUUUGUUAUGAUUUCUAUCUUUUGUAUGUUUUUGAUUAUUUAUUAAUUUUUUAACUGUAUGUUAUUUCGUGACUUGAGAUAAUAAAUUUAGUAAAAAUUUCAAACUACAAAAAA